AUGGAUGUAAGAUUUAUAUUUGGAUCUUUAAUUACAUUUUCUAAUUAUGAAUUUUAUAUAACUAUAUUUGUUUCUUUAGGAGUAGGAAUUAUUUGCGGUGUAAUAACUAAUAAAUGUAUUAAGUUUGGAUUUUUCAUUAUAGGAACUACUGGAGGAAUUCAUGUUUUGAUUUAUUCUAGCUCUUUAAUUGGAAGUUAUUUAAUUGCAAGAGCAAUAUCACUUUAUAUUGGAUACUUUCCAAAUGAGUAUACUAUUAGUGAAUAAAUUAAAGUUGGAAAUUAUAAAUUUCCAUG